AUGUCCGACAACAAUGCAGGCAUCGACACUUUCCCCUACAACACACACACCGCCCGCCAGCUCGCCCCCCCCAAAUUCUCAAACGUCACAGAAAUAAGAGGGCUUGUCAAGCUCGUACGGAGUAUCGCCUGGUCCUGCGACGGCUCGCGAGCAGCGACAGCGGGCGAGUACAAGGAUAUACAUGUCUGGGACAACACCCUCCACAUCAAGUCGGCAAAACCGCUCCCUGCCUCAUCGAAUCCCUCCCCACAUUCAAAUCAUGUCACGUCCGUCUCUUGGUCGCCAACUGAUCCGAACAUCUUGCUGUCUGCCGACAAGACAUUCUCGCAUGGAAGCGUGAUUGCCGUCUGGGAUCUGACCUCCCCCUCCCAACCCAUCGCGACCUUCAAAACUCCUGGGGACGUGAUUAGCCUCUCGUGGCAUCCAUCUGGUCACCACUUUGCCGCUGUCUACCCCAAGGGCCUCCACGACGUCGUCGACUUCUAUCGCUUCUCCCCUUCCUCCAUCCCCUCCGCUUCAUCGUCUCCCUCUCCUCCCGCCGGCAAAUGGGAAAAAAGAACCGACAUUGUCCUUGGCGGCUCCUCCCCCGGUAUAGGCUCUGAAGAGAUCAACUCUCUUCGUUUCAACAAUUCCGGACAGCUCGUCUGUGCCGUCUCGAACGACGGCAGUAUUGGCGCUUGGCUGUAUCCCCUAGAGCUUUUGGAAGGCGAAAACAUGGAGGCACCAGUGGAGCUGGAAAAGGUGGAAUCGAUAGCUGUGGAGGACACAAUUGAGGAUCAGGCAGGGACAGCUGGCGGAGCGGCGAGCGAGGCAGUUGUGGAGAAGGAGACCGAUGUCGAUAUGGCGAAUGGAGAAGAGACGGGAGAAGCUCCCUCCGCAACCUUCAUCCCCGAAGAGACCGCCAAGGAGGGACCUCAAGAGGCCGAGGGCGUUGCAGCAGAGGCAGAGCCAGAGGAGCGUGUCGCAGGAGAUGAGACAGCGAGCAAGGACGAUGUCGAGAUGACCGAAAACACACCCCACUCUUCAAAACAACCCACCCCCAGUCGCCCUCCCUCCCCUGCCGUACCACCUUCCGCCGACAUACCAGAAACUGCCACACCCCCUGCUCCCAUCCCCGCCCCCAAAGCUACCCAUCUAACCCGGGUCGCACACACCACCCCUUACGCUGCGUCUCUUCUAUCACUCUCAUUCGACCCUCUCGGAAGAUGGUUUGCGGUGGGAGGGCAAGAUGCGUUGCUGAGUUUGAUUGACACGAGGGAUUGGAUAUGCGAGAAGAACUGGGACGUUUGCUCAUCUGCAAUAAGACAUACUGCAUUCUCGUCUGACGGGGAGUUCAUAGCAGUCGGAGGUGAUGAUCUCUUCAUCUACAUCCUGUCCACCCAUGCGUCGCAAGUCGUAUCAAAGAUCCCCAUCCCCGCAACCCUCAACUGUCUUGUUUGGCACCCAACGAAGAACAUUCUGGCGUGGUGUCAUUCGGAUAAGAAGGGUGCGCCUCUAUGGUAUGUCGUGCAACAGGAGGUCUGA